GCCUCGCCUGAAUCCUUUCCUUCUCCCUUCCUUUUGACAGCCUCCCUCCUCUGCCAACCUCCGCUUCCCCAUCAUCCCACCACUACAGUAGCCCUCUGCGUUUCUGUCUGUGGCAUAUCUAUCUCUUGCCGGUUGGUUUAGCAAAGCUUUCGGCUGUUUUCAUUCUUUCCUUUGUCACGUCACAUCGGACUCCUCUCUGGGUUGUUGGUGAAGGGCGUAACUUCCGACCGGCCGAUCACUCCUUUGUCCCCAUCGCCACAGAAUCGCCUUCCCUUGAAGCUCCUGUGGAUAGUUACGGGAGUCGCAGCAAAACUACGGCAGCAGCAUCGUUACCGCACGACAUUUUACGCUACAGGUGACGACGGUUGGGUGAGGAAGGAAAGGUUCGGAGGGGGAGGAGGAUUUUGCAAAAGGACCGCGUGGCACACGCAGCCUUUAGGGCUUUAAUUUUCUUUUCAAUUGUUUCCCGUUUUGUUGGGAAAGGGUCGACAAACAGCAGCCGCUUUCUGCCUUUUUCUUCACUUCCUACCUUCGCAACACUCCCCCGUUUUCUGCUCCUGGUUCAUCUAUAUCUACACUACCGCUUUUUUACGAACGUGAUAAUCCAAUCAUGGCGCUCAUUUUCGAACAUUCGAGCGCGCCUUUGCGCACCAUCAAGGAGAUCCAGUUUGGUUUGCUGUCGCCUGAAGAGAUCAAGGGCAUGAGUGUCUGCCAUAUCGAAUACCCAGAGACAAUGGUAUGGCGGUUGUUCGCUGUGUUUUUUGCCGUUCAAGACAUACUUACGUGAUUGUUUCUGUUCCCCAGGACGAAGCAAAACUUCGGCCAAGGGAAAAAGGUCUGAAUGAUCCUCAUCUAGGCUCCAUCGAUCGCUCGUUCAAAUGUGCCACUGUGAGUUCUCUGCAUUUGUGACUUGUUAUUAAGAAGUUUGCCUAACAAUUAAUUACUUAGUGCGACGAAGGAAUGUCGGUAUGUCCAGGACAUUUUGGGCAUAUCGAAUUAGCGAAGCCAGUCUAUCAUGUUGGUGAGUCGCGCCUGGAUUCGUGUUGAAGUGAGUAUUGCUAACUGUAUUUUUUUUUCUCUCGCAGGAUUUAUCAACAAGGUCAAGAAAGUGCUGGAGACUGUGUGUUUCAAUUGCGCCAAAAUAAAGCUUGAUGAAGUGAGGCUCACUUUGGCGGAUCGAGUGGCUUGAUCAUUUCUAGACUUUGUGGCUAAUGAGUGAUUUGCUCUGCUUGGUAGACCAACUCACAAUUCGCGGACUGUUGUCGGGUCAGGGAACCCAAGGCUCGCUUUAACGCGAUCUGGAGGCUCUGCAAGGCCAAAACGAGCUGCGAUGCAGACACGGCGAUAGAUGGAGAGGGUGGCUUUGAUGAAGCACCUUCUGAUAAAAAGCCAAAGUCUCACGGUGGGUGUGGAAAUAAGCAACCAACCAUUCGCCGCGAAGGUCUGCGAUUGAUAGGUACAUGGAAGCCGGAUAAGGAUUCAGGUGAAGAGAGUCAACAGCCUGAGAAGCGUCACAUUACACCUGCCGAAGUCCUUAAUAUAUUCAAACAUAUCUCCAACGAGGAGAUCCGCAAGAUGGGAUUGAGCGAAGAUUAUGCGAGACCUGAGUGGAUGAUCAUCACAGUUCUGCCAGUGCCUCCUCCACCUGUCCGACCUAGCAUCUGCGUUGAUGGGAUGGGCGGCGGCAUGCGUGGAGAGGACGAUUUGACUUACAAACUUGCUGAGAUAAUUCGGGCGAAUGCGAGUGUUCGCGAUGCUGAGCAAAAUGGGUCACCUGCUCAUGUUGUGAAUGAAUUCGAGGCAUUGUUGCAAUUCCACGUUGCCACUUAUAUGGACAAUGAUAUCGCUGGUCAGCCACAGGCUCUGCAGAAAUCCGGCAGACCCGUUAAGUCGAUUCGCGCCCGUCUAAAGGGAAAAGAGGGCCGCCUCCGUGGCAAUUUGAUGGGGAAGCGUGUUGAUUUUUCAGCUCGUACUGUGAUCACGGGGGACCCGAACUUAUCGCUGGAUGAAGUUGGUGUUCCAAGGAGUAUUGCCCGGACGUUGACCUACCCGGAGAUUGUCACUCCUUACAACAUUCAUAAGUUACACGAAUUGGUGAAGAAUGGGCCGAAUGAACAUCCGGGUGCGAAAUACGUUAUUCGGGAUAACGGGGAGCGAAUUGAUUUGAGACAUCAUAAACGCGCGGGGGAUAUCACGCUGCAGUACGGUUGGAGGGUUGAGCGGCACAUUGUCGAUGGGGAUUUUAUUAUCUUCAAUCGUCAGCCGUCUCUGCACAAGGAGUCUAUGAUGGGUAUGUUUUCUAAUCGUGACCGACUAAAAUACUUGCUUACCGUCUAUACUUAUAGGUCACCGCGUCCGUGUUAUGCCUUACUCAACAUUCCGACUCAACUUGUCGGUUACCUCCCCUUACAACGCCGAUUUCGACGGCGAUGAAAUGAACCUUCAUGUUCCGCAAUCCGAAGAGACACGUGCCGAGGUUAGCCAACUCUGUAUGGUGCCUUUGAAUGUCGUGUCGCCUCAGAAGAAUGGACCUCUCAUGGGUAUUGUUCAAGACACCCUUUGCGGUAUCUACAAAAUGUGCCGAAGAGAUGUAUUUCUCAAUCGCGAACAACUUAUGAAUGUUCUCAUGUGGGUUCCCAAUUGGGAUGGAACAGUGCCUACGCCUGCAAUCCUGAAACCUCGACCUCGUUGGACCGGGAAGCAAAUGAUUAGUUUAGUUAUUCCUCCUGGAAUAAAUAAAGUUGAUCUUGCAGGGGGGAAGUGGUCUCCGUUGAAUGACGAGGGCUUGCUUGUCCAUGGCGGUGAGCUGAUGUUUGGGCUUCUUAAUAAAAAGGCUGUCGGACAGUCUCAUUUGAGUUUGAUUCACAUCAUAUACAACGAGAAGGGCUCCUAUCGAUGCUUAGAAUUCUUCAACGGUUGUCAGACAGUUGUCAAUUACUGGCUGCUCCAUAACGGCUUUAGUAUUGGUAUCGGAGAUACCAUUCCGGAUAAGUUAACUAUCGAAAAGAUUGCCGCGACUGUCAAGGAGAAAAAGGACGAGGUCAAUGCAGUUACAGACAAGGCCCAGCGUAACGAGCUUGAACCCCUGCCGGGAAUGAAUAUCCGUGAUACGUUCGAGAACCUGGUUCAGAAAUCGCUUAACUCUGCCCGUGAUAAGGCGGGUUCCGACACUGAGAAGAGUUUGAAGGACAGCAACAACGCAAUUCAAAUGGCUCGAUCUGGCUCCAAGGGUUCGAACAUCAAUAUCUCUCAGAUGACAGCGGUCGUGGGCCAGCAAUCGGUUGAGGGAAAGCGUAUUCCCUUCGGGUUCAAAUACCGCACUUUGCCCCAUUUCACGAAGGAUGAUUACAGUCCUGAAUCUCGCGGAUUUGUCGAAAAUUCAUAUCUUCGUGGCCUUACCCCUCAAGAAUUCUUUUUCCAUGCUAUGGCUGGUAGAGAGGGUUUGAUUGAUACGGCUGUCAAGACUGCCGAGACCGGUUACAUUCAGAGACGGUUGGUUAAAGCGUUGGAAGAUGUCAUGGCGAAAUACGACGGUACUGUGAGGAAUUCUCUUGGGGAUAUUAUCCAGUUCAUUUAUGGUGAAGACGGUCUUGACGGAAUGUUCAUCGAACCACAAACCGUCGACAUUAUCGCAUGUUCGGAUGCGGAGUUUGAGGACAAAGUUAGGGUUGAUGUUAUGGAUCCGGCGAGGUCGAUCCCACUCGAGUUUCUUGAGGUUGCACAGGACAUCGCUGGUGAUGUAGAGGUACAGGCUGCUUUGGACGAAGAAUUUGAGCAGCUCCAGAAGGAUCGGGCAUUCUUGAGGUCACUUCAGAAAGACAGCGUCGACGAAAAGUUGCAGCUACCCAUCAAUAUCCUUCGCAUCUUGGAGAAUGCCCGCACUAUUUUCCGUAUCAAGCAUCGCGCCCGGAGUAAUCUCCAUCCUCUCGAAGUUACUGAAAAGGUCAAAGAGCUUGUGAAGAAGCUCGUUGUUGUUCGUGGCAAUGAUCCUCAUUCUAUCGAGGCUCAACAAAAUGCCACCGGGCUUUUCAUGUGCCACCUUCGAUCCCGUCUUGCGUUCAGGAGGCUGGUCAUUGAGUGUAAUCUCUCUAAAGUUGCGUUUGAUUGGGUCCUUGGGGAAAUUGAGUCUCGGUUCGCUCGAGCUGCAGUCCAACCUGGCGAAAUGGUUGGGGUCCUCGCCGCGCAAUCUAUUGGUGAACCAGCUACCCAGAUGACUUUGAAUACUUUCCAUUUCGCUGGUGUGUCGUCUAAGAAUGUUACUCUCGGUGUUCCUCGGUUAAAGGAGAUUCUCAACGUUGCCAAGAACAUCAAGACUCCCUCUAUGAUGGUUUACCAGGUUCCGGAAAAUACACACGAGAAGGAGACUGCAAAAGCACUUCGCUCAGCGGUCGAGCAUACAACCCUACGAUCGGUCACCGAGACCACUGAGAUUUGGUACGACCCUGAUCCGAGGGAUACUGUCAUCGAAGAAGAUAAGGAGACUGUUUUGUCGCACUUUCUGAUCGACACAGACUCCGAGGAUAUCGACAGGCAGUCCAAAUGGCUUCUUCGGAUCAUCUUUGAUAGAAAGAAGUUGCUCGAUAAGGAUUUGACGGUUGAGAGGGUAGGAAUUAAGCUGAUGGAGGAGUAUGGUAAUGACAUGGCCAUUAUCAUGAGUGAUGAUAACGCAGAAAUUCCUAAUAUUCGGUGUCGGAUGAAGAAUGCGGAUCAGGCCAAAUCUUUGGAUGAGGAGAGUGAUCUUGAAGAAGACACCAUGCUCAAGCGUCUCGAGAAUCACAUCCUUGACGAGUUAACCCUCAAUGGCGUUAAGGGCAUUCAGAGAGCGUUUUUGAACGAUAAGGAGCGGACAAGGAUUGACGAGACUGGCAAGUUUGUAAUGAGCAAGGAAGAUCCUAAGUGCAAAGAGUGGGUUUUGGAUACCACUGGUACGGCUUUGAAACAAGUACUCGAAGUUGAGGGGGUUGAUACCACUAGAACAUACUCCAACACGUUCGAGGAAAUCUUGCAAGUUUUCGGAAUCGAGGCCACCAGGGGUGCUCUUCUGCGGGAAUUAAGGCAGGUGUUGGCCUUCGACGGUUCUUAUGUUAACGAACGACACCUUGCGCUUCUUUGCGAUGUCAUGACUUCGCGUGGGCACUUGAUGGCUAUCACUCGUCAUGGAAUUAAUCGUGCGGACACUGGUGCGCUCAUGAGAUGUUCUUUCGAGGAGACUGUGGAAAUAUUGUUGGAAGCAGCAGCCUCGGGAGAAUUGGAUGAUUGUAGGGGAAUUUCCGAGAAUGUUAUGCUGGGACAAUUGGCACCUUUGGGAACGGGGGAAUUUGAUGUCUUCUUGGACGAAAAGAUGUUGGCCGAGGUGAUUGUUGACAAUUCACGCAUUACCGGUGGAGAAAUACCAGGUAUGGGUAAGGGUGUUCUCGCGGAUGGCGCUGCAACUCCUUACGACAGUUCCUCGCCAAUGUAUGGCGAUCCUUACGUGGGAUCACCGGAUGCUGGUGCUGCGUUCUCGCCUAUGCAACAUACUGGCUCGGAGACACCUGGUGGAUUGACCGAUUACCAGGCCCCUGGGUUUGGGCCGGGCUACGGUGCGGGCGCCAGGAGUCCUCUUACGUAUUCACCAACAAGCCCUUUUGGUACAAGCCCAACCUCUCCAGGCUACUCCCCCGCUUCGCCUGCGUAUUCGCCUACAUCGCCCAACAUGGCUAUUACGAGCCCAGGGUUCAGUGCAGCGUCUCCCAGGUUUUCGCCUGCCAGUCCCGCAUACAGCCCGACAUCCCCUGGGUACUCACCGACAUCUCCGGCUUAUGGUGGUGGUCUUGGUGCUGGUGGAUCCCCGACCUCUCCUAACUAUUCGCCAACAAGCCCUAGCUUCAGUCCAACAAGCCCAACAUACAGUCCAACCAGUCCGAAUUACUCCCCCACCAGCCCUGCAUACUCCCCGACCAGUCCGGAUUACUCCCCUACAAGUCCCGCUUUUAGCGGCGGUGUUGGUACCAGUCAUUCUCCAACUUCGCCGACUAGUCCCAACUACAGUCCGACUAGUCCCGUCUAUUCUCCUGGCAGCCCUGCUGCUAGCUAUAGCCCGACGAGUCCAACCUUCCAAAGCCCCACUCAAGGGAGUCCAAGAUGGUCGCCGACGAGCCCCGGGCCAAGCUAUUCACCAACGUAAGUUCAAAUCCCUAGUCCUUUGCUCUCUCAAACUAGAACUAAUAAUGAAUACCAGAUCUCCUAGAGACCCCCCAAGGAAUUCUUAAUAAGGGGGGCUAGAUUUCUGAUUCCGAAAAUAAUUUUUACAUGAAAUCGCUUUUUUUGUCUUCAAGUUUUUCUUUUCUGCUUUAGCUUUCUUUGUUUUUGCAUGGGGUAAAAUGGGUUCUAUUACUUUUUCCUUUACCUUUCUUUUUCGUGACUGAUUGACGCUUUACUCUUCUCGGAGGUCUGGACAUUUGUUCUAGGAGUCGUGUUUCUGUAGGUAGGGGCUUCUAGCUAGGGGUUGUCGUGACAAGGUCAAGGAUUGAUGAUGAGAGAGAGAGAGCUAUGCCUGUCGGCUGUAUUAGUACAUAUCAAUAAAGCGCGGAAGUUAAUUUGAUGGAGCUUUGAGGAUCUGCACAUUUACUGAAUUAAUGGUGAGAUUAUAUAAAUUUACUUUCUUGGAUAGAUGUAUGAUAGGCGGAUUACAACUAGCUCGCUGCUGUGGAUGUGCGAUUGCCCUUUGCUGUGCCAUGGGAUCAAUCCUUAAAUUUAUCUCUUGUAUACAAAAAAAAUCAUGUAUCAACCCCGGCUUAGCUUGGGAUGCGCUAAGGUAUUACGAAUGCUCUCAGCACUAGCCUCGAAAGUAUGUGGACUCAGUCUAUGGGAGCUUUCCGUAGGUUGUAAUUCUUUUUUCACUAUCCUAGUUCAUAGAUCCCCCCCCCCCCCCCCAUCUGCUUUGAACUCUUUCAGGUCCAGCAAUUGCGGGUUGUUCGGGUGUUGAACGGGGUAAUAUUUUGUCCGUGCAGCGCUCGUAUGAGUGUUGGCACAGCGGAGUCCGGUUCGCUAGCAGACAUCGUUAUCAUACUCGUUGGUUCCGUAUGACCUCGGGUGGUAGAACGUGUUGAUGGGAGGAAUCUCGGAGCUCCGGUGGCGGCCAUUUCUGUGUCUAGAUUUCUCCGAACAUAGUUUCGAAUGGUUACUUUGGGGUUUGAUGGAGCUGUGCCCGUGAUGGUGAAAUACAUAUCAUGCCACUCGGAGGCAUGGACCAGCCAGCCUCUUAAUCCUGGGUAUGAUAGCUCUUGAUGUCCGGAUAUCAUACCUGGGAAGGAAGAGAGGGAGGGAGAAAGGACACGAACUAGGGGCUU